CACAAAUUUUGUUAUUUAUAUAUUGCAAUAUACUAAUUUUCCUUUAUUUUUGUAUUUUUAAUAAGCUUUACUAUUUUUUGUAACAUAACGAAGAACUGAGUUCCACGUGCAUAAAUCUAAAGUUAUUGUUUUCAUAAAGUUAUUUAUCUGGUUUUUACUCGAUUUUACUUGAUUUGUUAAAUGUAAUUAUUUUAUGAUUUGUGUACUCAUUAUGUGAUAAAAAAGUGUUUUAACUGAUGUUUUUAUGUUUAUUUGACUUCAAGCAGUGAAACGGCAUUCAAUGUUCAAAAACUACCUCUAAUUGUCAAAAACUAGAAGAUUGGAAAAAAUUUUGACAUGAAAUAAAAAAAAAUUUUUGGUAAUAAAUAAAACAAUACAACUUGAUUUUCAGAAACGCAGAAUCUUAUGUAAAAAAUAAAAAUGAUUUUUGCAGAUAAAAAUGAAAAAAUGUGAACCAGACAGGAAAGGAAACGAGAAGAUAUCUGAUCAAAUUGGUGAAAGAUUUAAGCGUAAGAUCUAUGUAUCUCUACCAUGGUAUGAAAUCUACCUCUAUUCUGCUCUAUGGAUCGGUGCACUGCUUAUAGCAGCAAUAUCUUUCUGUCUACAGGCAAAACGCCAUGGUGGUGAUAUUCACACAGUAUAUUGGGUUAAACCCUGGUGGAGUCCUCUGACCGCUCCUAUGCAGCGGGAUGAAACUGAUCAUGAGUGGACUACAUGGAAACGAAUUGUUAGAUCGGAAUUAGCAUGUUUAGUUGUUCUUUAUCCUUUGUGUUCUCAACUGAUCAAGAGAUUCUAUCCCUCAUUCAUCAUUUAUUUUUCAGCCUUGUACUCUCUGACCUCCAGCAUGUACCUGAUCGGUGUACUGCCAACCCUUUAUGUACUGGCACAAAUCUUCAUAAUAUUUACCUCGUAUUUACUUACAAACAAUUCAGUGUAAGUUUUUUUUAUACAGGGUUUCCCCAGAAACAUGACAG